AUGUGUGGUAGUGUUGAAAUAAGAACAGUUUAUGUCGGUGCAAGGCAAGGAAAAGCUGUGAUAAUAUCUCGUUUAAGUUCGGAAAGAACUGGCACUAGGUUUCAUGUGCGUGGUGUUAAUGAUGAAGGACAUGUUGCUAAUUUUGUAGAAACUGAACAAGCUAUAUACAUGGAAGAUUCAGUAGCCUCGUACAUUCAGAUUAGAGGUUCAGUUCCUCUUUUCUGGGAACAAACAGGUGUUCAGGUAGGCCAACACAAAGUUAAAAUGUCACGUGGAGCUGCUGCAUCUGAAGCAGCUUUUAACAGGCACAUUUACCUUUUAAAAGAGAGAUAUGGUCAUCAGACAAUUGUUAACUUGCUUGGAACAAGCCAGGUAGGUAGUAAAGAAUCUGAAGGUAUGCUUUCUAAUCUUUUUGUACAACAGCUUAAAAUGUCCGGUCAUAAUGAUAUAGAACAUAUUAUUUUUGAUUACCAUCAAGAAAUUAAGGCUAAUCCACAGAACAUAAAUAAAUUAAAAGAUAAACUAGAAUCAUACUUUAAAUCAUAUGGUAUAUUUUAUAUGAAGGCGAACGAAGUAUGGUGUGAACAAAAUGGCACUAUUAGAACAAAUUGUUUAGAUUGCUUGGAUCGUACAAAUUGUGUGCAAACAUUAAUAGGACUGCAAGUUCUAGGUAAGCAAUUAGAAAUGUUAGACUUAAAUGAAAAACAACAAUCAGUGACACGUUUUGAAGAGGUAUUCAAACAAAUGUGGGUAGAUAAUGGAAAUGAAGUAAGUAAAAUAUAUGCUGGGACUGGAGCCAUUCAAGGGGGUUCAAAAUUUAUGGAUGGAGCUAGAUCUGCAGCAAGAACGAUACAGAACAAUCUUUUGGACACUAGUAAACAAGAGGCCAUUGAUGUGCUCCUUCUUGGUAAAGGAUUAAAUAGUAAUUUGGCAGAAAGAGGAAGAACUCUAUUAAGUGCAAAUAUGCAGCAUUUACCAAAUAAUAUCAUGUCAGAACUUUGUGAUCGUUUUUUUGAUUUUGCUGAGAAAAUGCCUAUUAGAGUAGGAAUCGGUACAUAUAAUGUAAAUGGGGGUAAGCAUUUUAGAAGUGUAGUGUAUAAAGAUGUUUCAUUAGCAGAUUGGUUACUUGAUGCACAUGUAAAUAGCUGUGAUUCAGACAUUCCUGUUGACCUGUAUGCAAUUGGAUUUGAAGAAAUUGUUGACCUCAAUGCAAGUAACAUAAUGGCUGUGAGUUCUGAAAACGCUAAAGCAUGGGCAGAAGAACUUCAAAAAGUUAUUUCUCGAGAUAGACGCUAUGUGUUAGUUACUUAUAUACAACUUGUUGGAGUUUGUCUUUUUGUUUUUGUAAGAUAUGAAUUGUCUCCUUACCUAAGAGACAUCGCUAUAGAUUCAGUAAAAACAGGCUUUGGUGGAGCUACUGGUAACAAAGGUGGAGUGGCAAUAAGAUGCACCUUAUAUAAUACUUCAAUAACUUUUAUAUGUGCACAUUUUGCAGCUGGACAGUCACAAGUUAAUGAAAGAAACUCAGAUUACAAUGAAAUCAGCAAAAAAGUAACUUUUCCUCUAGGAUCUAACUUGAAAUCACAAGAUUAUAUAAUAUGGUGCGGAGAUUUUAACUACCGUGUAGAUAUGGACAAAGAGGAACUAAAAGAACUCUUAAAAGAAAAUAAAUUGGAAUAUAUUUUACAAUAUGAUCAAUUGAGGGUACAAAAAGAUGCAGGAAAUACUUUUCAUAAUUACAAUGAAGGAGAAAUAACUUUUCCCCCAACUUAUAAAUAUGAUUUGUUUUCUGAUGACUACGAUACGAGUGAAAAAUGUCGAGCUCCAGCCUGGACAGAUAGGGUAUUAUGGAAAAGAAGGUGUCAUACUGAAGAUCUACCUGAUGAUUGGAAUCCUGGAAAACUUGUCUUUUAUGGGAGAGCUGAACUGAAACAAAGUGACCACAGGCCUAUUAUAGCUGUAAUAGACCUAGAUGUACAUAAAGUUGAUGAAGUAAAACGGAUGGAUAUUUUUAAAGAAGUUAUAAAAAGCUCUGGACCACCUGAUUGUACUGUUGUAGUCCACUCAAUUAAUAAGAGUUUAUAUGCUGAUGAAGGUUUUAAAACAUGUCUUUUAGAAAAUUUAUCACAGUACGGAGAAGUGGUAAUAGUUCGGCAAGUGGAAGAUUUAAUUUAUGUAGUAUUCAAAGAUGGUUAUGCAGCAAUGCUGGCUGGACAAAGUGGACAAACAUUAGUUGAGGGGAUUCUCUAUAAAGUAAGUUAUAGAACAUCGGAUUGGAUUGGUAGAAUAAUGGAGGAAAUGAAGCUAUGUGAAAAUAACACUAUAUCACUGUGUCAGUACGAUGGAAAUCCAGACGAAGAUAAAACAUUAUCAACUAGUCCACAAGAAAAGCAACCACCUUCAAGACCACCAGCGCCAAAUGUUAAACCCAAAACAGCUGUCAUUAGUGUCCCUAUCUCACCCAAAAGACAAUCUAAACCAUUAAGAGAACUGUCGAGUGAUUCAAGCGGAGAUGAAUAUAGAGGUUCAGCACCCCCAUCAGCUCCACCUCCACCAUUGCCAGGAACAGGUCCUCCACCUCCAAUUCCUCCAAGAACUAAUGUACCUCCUCCAGUUCCAACAAGGCCUAAGUAA